UACAAAUCGAGCCAAGCGAAAACGGCCGUAAACAGUCUCAUCCAGCGGGUGCGCACAUAUCAUGACUAUCUUAUCUGUCGGGUCUUUGGUUGAAGAAAGCACCCGCACGGCCAAUCCAGUCAAACCGAGGUCCGUAGGACAAUACGUUGGUCGCUUCGGAACAUUUGGUCCUCACUGCUGGGAGCUCAGGGACUCUUUCCGACACAUCUACAGCACGGAUAUUCGGCCUCUGAUCUUGACGCAUCUGGGCGGCCGUAUUGGCUCAGUCUCUAAUCAGGGAUCCAUCACAAUAACCGCGUACAUGGUCGGCAGAAGAGCAAGCACCGCAGCUCCUACUGUCUUGUUUGUCUCUGAGAGCGACGGUCAUCGCAAGGAAGCUCGCAAAUUAGUCAAGGAGUCGGGAAUUCUUGGUCAACACCGUGGCUGGAAGACUGCGCAAGCAUCGAGAGACCCCAGCUGGGGAGGCGAGCUGGAACAGCUUGCUUCUGGCUCAAGCUCGAUCAAUGCGGGUUCCCCCGGGGCGCCUACGACUGAGGUCUUCUACAACCCUUCACAGGCCCUCCGCUCCCGAGGCAUGACCUUGUACAUCUCCCAUAGAUCAGGGCUUCGUGUCUUCACAGCAAAUCUCGUAAGGGCGCAAGGCGACGUGUAUUACCAAGGUCCUGCACACGCCUUCUUCGACAGAAUCGAGCAGCCCACCACAAAGUUCGAAAGCGCAGUCGAUGAUUUUGAAAUCGACAGCGAUGACCAGACCGAAACCAUCCGGCCAGAUGAUGAGACGGACGCAGGCACUGUCGAGGUCGAUUGCCAAGUCUGGUCAUCGGACGAGGAAUCGGAGGACUCGGGUGUCUCCUCUGCGGAGGACAGCGAUGACGACAACUCCUCACAGUCGAGUUUCGGAGCAGAAGGAUUGGAUUAUGCGAGCCCCCGUGCGCAACACGACCCGCCAGAAAGGCUGUUCUCUCAGCUACCUAUCACAGAUGGGUUUUCGCUCCCUAAGCCUGACAUACCCGCAUUGGCGUCCCUGCUACCAUUCGGCACUCUAGAACGAUGGUCCACGGAUAAGGACUGGGCGCUCGUGAAAAUGGACAUUGCUACAAUGCCCUCAGUCGCCGCGUUCCUCGCUGCGAGUCACGAAGAUCUGAGCAUGCUGAGCACAGCGCGCCCUCGCUCUACAGGCACACCCGUAGUGGUUCAGACAACUUCUAGUGGCAGAUUGACUGGAAUCAUCACCGGUACAGCUUCUGAUACGCGUGUCCCCUUUGGCUCGUCGUUUGAAGAGGUCUUCUCUGCCAGACUCAACGGGCCACUCGCAGACGGCGAUUGCGGAGCGGUCGUGAUCGAUGCGGUGACUGGUGAGCUGUACGGCCAUAUCAUUGCUGGCUGCCGGGCUACUGGCUACGCUCAGGUCAUGGCUGCGAGCCACGUUAUGCCAGACAUUCUAGAGCCUGAACCGGUAUCCAACGCAGCACUUAUCACGGCGGAAAGCGGUUUGUCUCUUGCUGCGAGCGCUUUCGACGUCUCGCGCAUUGACUUCGAAUCAUACAGCAGCUUCGACUUGCAUCACAGAUCUGAUCGCAAUGACAGCCCUCAGAUAGGUUGGGUUGGCGGCCUGACGUGUUAUGAAGGUGUCUGUACGACCGAUUCAUCGAAUACUCAAGGUGCAUACCCUUCACCGAUCCUUCCCUUGUUUCACGAGGGCGAAUCAUUCGAUGCAGACGUACCAUUCACCGAAAUCUCGCCUGCGACGCCCUAUUCGCACCCAACACAGGAUUACCUUUCCGGAUUGCGUUACCCCAGUCUCGGUGAUCCGUGGAGCUUAUUUGCUUCAAGAAGCCAUCACGCUCCGGCAGACCUCUACGUUCCAGGAAGCCAUUAUGAUACAGUAGGCCUCAGGCCAAUGUCAAAUCACACGGCCAGGUCCCGUCAUCAGCAGGCACAGGCCCGCACUGACGGAGUCCGGACCUGGUUCGACGAGGUUGUCCUUGGGAAUCCACGAAGCCGCAAUCCCCACCGGGGCAAGGAGAUAUUGGUGCUUCGAUGGGGCGACGCAAGAGACCAUGGUCACAAGCAGGAGAUAAUCACGAUGCGCAAUCUGUUCGAGGAGAAGCUCCAUGUUGGCGUGAGGUGCCACGUCGUUCAGCUGCCACGCAGUGGUGAUCUCCAGGCAAGAGCCACUGCACAUUCAGCCUCCCACGCUUCGAGGUGUGAAGACUCGAACAGUGUCCUCUACAUCUACAACUCCGGGAAGGAUGUAGAUGCGCAGUGCGAAGCCGCAGGACGCAGUGGUCACGACCGAGCGGCCUCGUGUCAGCUCGACGGCAGGAGGCGGUGCAUUCGGUCCCGUGACGAAUCGGGACCGUCGUUUCCGUCUGGAGAGGGCCAGAGUGCGAGCCGGGCACCGUGGGACGUCGAGAUGCAGACUCGCGGGUGUGGAUACUGCGUGGACCCGCACGAGGCGCACCGCAGGAACGACCCGCUUUGCGAACAAGGACAUGGCUUCGCUGGAGACGACGCAUGCUCCGCGAUGCUCCUCGAGGCCGCCAGAGCGACAUCGGCAGCACCUUUCUACUUUGCCCCGUCUCCCGGAGGGCAUCUGUUCAUCGACGGUGGGAUACACCACAACGACCCAACCGCGCCGGGCAUCAGCGAAUCAGGGCUGCUGAGAGCGAGCAAAUCAACAGCGAUGCCAAUGAUGUGGAUCGACACCGGUCGUUCACCAGAUCUGAUCACCGAUCUUACGUUAACCCACGCCACCUGCCAGAUACCCUCGACGAACACGAUGCCUCUCCAUGGAGGCUGCUUCAGUGACUUUGCGCCACCAAUCUCCCCAGCCACAUGUCGUGCUCGGCCCAGCUCGUUUGCGAGAAGUCGUCAACGGCAGCCAAAACUGACUGUUCUUGGGGAUUUCCAACGUCGCGAUGCUGCGUGCAGCGAGUGGGGUUUGAGUCGACAGGCAGACUUGCGACGUGACUGCACCGGCGUGACUGCACGCGGGGCCGACUCGAUCAAAGGUGGUGCGCGAAGCUGCAUCCGUCUUUGUCGAGGCCAACGCGUCACGGAUGGGCAGCAGCGCACGUUUGAGUCACAGCAGCCGAUUGAAGACGAUUCAGACAUGCACAAUUCAGCAGACGACCUGGAGUGUAUCGUGCUGUUGCCGACGGGAGUGUAUCGUGCUGUUGCCGACUGCAGUAUAUCGUGCUGUUGCCGACUGCAGUGUAUCGUGCUGUUGCCGACGGGAGUGUGUCGUGCUGUUGCCGACUGCAGUGCACCUUAUAACUUGGGUAUUGGACCCUCGUAAAUGGCUCGCAGGAGCGUGACAAGCCAUCUCCCAGCACAGCUCCUGGUGUGGACACUGAGUUGCUCAGCGGCGUGUCGAGGCUUGCAGGCGAUGGUCCCAUGCGGCGCAUUGGCCUGGGUGACUUUGUAAGAUAAGACAUGUCGGCGGGCGGACUUGCCGGACUCAUGAAGGAGGGCACUUUUCUUGGC